CCUGGGCCAUGGCUCCCGGCUCCGGCCUCCCUGCCUCUCCCGCUGAGUGCAGGCGGAGAGCCCGGGAGGCGCCCGAGGGCAGGGUCUGGGGCUGCGCGAUGCCGGGCACAUUGCUCCUGCUUUUCGCCUACCUGACUUACCUGGCACUGGGCACCGGCGUGUUCUGGCUGCUGGAGAGCCCCGCGGCGCACGAUUCCAGCGAGAGAUUCCAGCGCGACAAGUGGGCGCUGCUGCGGAACUUCACCUGUCUGGAUGGCCCGGCGCUGGACUCUCUGAUCCGGGGCAUCAUCCAAGCCUACCAAAAUGGGGACAUCGUCCUCGACAACACCACCAGCAUGGGACGCUGGGAGUUUGUGGGCUCCUUCUUUUUCUCCGUGUCCACCAUCACCACCAUCGGCUAUGGCAACCUGAGCCCCCGCACGAUGGGCGCCCGCCUCUUCUGCAUCUUCUUUGCUCUCGUGGGGAUCCCGCUCAACCUCGUGGUGCUCAACCGACUGGGGCAUCUCAUGCAGCAGGGGGUGCACAGCUGCGCCCGCAUGCUGGGGGGCACCUGGAAGGACCCGGCCAAGGCCCGGUGGCUGGUGGGCUCCAGCGCCCUCCUGUCUGGCCUCCUGCUUUUCCUGCUGCUGCCUCCGCUGCUUUUCUCCCAUGUGGAGGGCUGGAGCUACGUGGAGGGCUUCUACUUCUCCUUCAUCACCCUCAGCACCGUGGGCUUCGGCGACUACGUGAUUGGGAUGAACCCCUCCCGGAAUUACCCUCUGUGGUACAAGAACACAGUGUCUCUGUGGAUCCUCUUUGGGAUGGCAUGGCUGGCCUUGAUCAUCAAACUGAUCCUCUCCCUGCUGGAGGCUCCACGAGGAUCGUAUCCCUGCUACUGCCACAGCUCUAAGGGGAACUUCAAGACCCGAAGCUGGAGACAGGGCCUGGAUGGUGAGGCAGAGCCCCACUUCCCACAGCCAGGCUGCUAUCUGGAGGGACCAGUAAUCAUGAAUUGCCCAGAACCCUCUGUUCAAGUCCCAUGCUGUGGAAAGGACAGCUAGCUAUAUUCUAUUUGUUCCACCUUCUUCUUCAGCAGCAAGAUCCCUGAUUUUAAGCUUGCCAUAUGACCACUCAGACUAAAGUCUACAUUUUUUGGUCUUCCCUUAAAGCUAGGUGCAGCUAUAUCAUUAAAUUUUGCCCAACAGGAUACACAGAGAAGUAUUCUGUGUGACUUAUUACGGAUGUGACUUUCACUGUGUGGGGGAUGCUCCUCUUUACCACGUCCUUCUUCUAGCUGGCUGCAAUGCUGAUACAGUGACUGGAGCUCUGGCAGCCAUGUUGCACCAUGAGGUAGAGGCCAUGUUUGAGACUGGUGAUACAAUAAGAUAGAAAGAGCCUGGAUUCCUGAAGUUUGCAGAGCCACCAUAACAAACCUGGACUGAAUACCACCAGACUUCAUUUAUGUAAAAGAGAAAUAAAUGUCGAUCUUAUUUAAAA